AUGAAGCUCCUCAGCCUGCGCUCGCUCGUCAACAAGGUCGACUCGCGCCCGGACCCGCCCAGCCCGCCGACCGCCUCGUCCUCGCGCCCUGCUUCAACCGGCCUGUCGGCUCAAGUCGCGUUCCCGUCGAUCCAGCUGCGUCGUCAGAGGCCGGCCACGGCGCGUGCCCCCGUCCUCGCGACGAGUCACUCCACGCCCAUCGAGGUCGAGGGCACCCUCUUCGACACCCCUCUCGUGUCGAGCCCACGUGGCCGCAACCCGCACGCGGUCGCCGGCGCCCUCGCCAACAGCGCCGUCGACCAGCCGCCGCCCACCUCGAUGCCCGUCCAACCGACUCGCUUCGGCUACGGCGAGGAGCCGUACUCGUUCAACGAGACGCCGUCGCUCAAGGUCAAGCCCUGGACUCGCCUGCUCAACUCGUCCCGCCGCUCUUUCCGCAAGCGCGACUCGAGCGCGAGCGUGCACGGCCCUCCUUCCUCGCCGAGCCCUGCGCCGCGCCCCUCGCUCUCGACGAUCAAGGCCGCCCCCGUCCCCGCCACGUUCAUCGGCACGACGAGCUCGACAAAGAGCGGCGGCCGUGCGAGCGCGCCCGCCUCUCCGGCCGCGACCUCCCGCUCUCUCGUCGUCAACAACUCGCUCCCGCCCGUCGACGGCUUCCCUCCCCGCCGCCUCGACGACCUCGUCCCGAACAAGCUCCCCUCCGUCGACGAGACGACGUCGGCCACGUCGCCUGCGCUCGUUCCGCCGCCCUCGCCGACACGUCGCCGCGCUCGUCGCCAGGCCGUCGUCGACGGGUCGCCGAGCGCCUCGGGAGGCUCGAGCGGCGCGGUCGGUCAAGGGAGCGGGCGCUCAACCGUCGACGGCUCGGCAGCCGGUGGUUCGGCCCCUGACGGCUCUGCGCUCGACGGGUCGGCGGGCGGCUCGGGCCUCGGCAGCUCGAGCAGCGGUCGUCGUCUCGACGGCUCGGCGGGCACGCACGACGGCUCCGUUCUCGGCGCCUCGGCGCUGGACGGCUCUGCCCUCGACGGCUCUGCGCUCGACAGGUCGGCGCUCGACGGCUCGGCGCUCGACGGCUCCGCCCUCGAGAGCUCGGGCAGCGGCCGCGCUCACGUCGACGGGUCGGCGAGCGGGCUUGACGGUACGGCCGACGGGAGCGCCAACGAGGUGGGGCGCGGCGGCGAGGGCGAGGGCGAGCGCUCAGACGCCGACGACUCGGACGCCGACUUCUCGGACUGGCGGCGGCGACCUGCUCCUUCCGGCCGCACGGUCGCCUCGCAGUCGCCGGCGCACCCGCAGGCUCGCGUCGUCCUCCUCGACAGCGAGGGCAGCACGAGCGCGAUCGGCGGCGCCGGUGAGCGCGGCUCGUGGCCGCCGACGGGCUUGCCCUCGCGCUUCUCGGACUGGACGACGACGGGCACCGGCUCGUCGCGCUCGGCCGGCCAGUCGCUCGGAGGGCAGUCGCACGGCCUUCUGGCACCCGCUCCUGUGCCCGUCUCGCCCGGUGGCCCGAGGUUCGCGGCCCUCAUCCUCCUCGCCGACGUCGCGGCGUCGUCCGUCUCGUUCGACCUCGGGCACAUGUCGCGCGCCAAGGCGUUCGAGCUGAGGAACGCCGGGAGGAGGGCGAGCACGGGCUGA